GUGCGAGCGCGAAGUAUUUCAAGAAUUUUAGUAGUUCAGUGACUAGGUGAUAGCCUAUAUAAAAGUCGGGCGCCAUACAUGUCAACAUAACAAAUAUUCGUUACUAUGGCAGGGUUGAAUGUGCUUGUGAUUUUAAUGAUAGUGGCAACGAGUACCGCCAAUCUUGUAUCCCAUGAUGAGGUAGAAGACUUGUUCACAAAGUUCGUGACUCGGCGGUUGACUGAGGAAGAAACCAGGAAGCUGAGCGAUGUGUUCGAAAUCCUGCGUAUGCCUAAAUAUGUGACUGCGAGGUCGCUUGAGAACACAGGAAAUGCUAGAAUGACCCUGGACUGCCUAGUCUGCCGGUCUGCUAUUGCGGCUCUGUUCUCGGGCGUGGAGGAGGGACAUAGCGACGAGGCUCUGUCCGAGUCUAUCACGGUUCUCUGUACGUCCAUAGGCAUCGAGAGCCACGAUGUGUGUAAAGGUGCAGUCGGAUUAAAUAUGCCAAUUCUAACAUAUAUAAUAAAGAACACCCCCGAAGCUACGCCGCGGACAUUUUGUGGUCUGAUCCUGCAGGCGGCGAGCGACCCUAACGUCUGCGUCUACACCGACCCGAGGUUCGAAUGGCAGGUGGAUCUGCCUGAUCCUGUCACUGUCCACGCGAGUCCAACCACGGACACCACGCCUCUCACCGUGGCUAUUAUUACUGAUGCCCACCUCGACCCCCUGUACGAGCCCUACGGCGCCGCGUACUGCGGUCAGCCCACCUGCUGUCGCAAGGGCCAGAACACCUCCCAAGCCUUCGAGUACCAUUCCAGCUUGGACACUUCGAUUUACGAACAAACGUUCAUCAGAAAAGACGAUAAAAUUGUUUUGGAUUUGAGUGUGUCUCAGAAAAUACGGGAGACACGAGGUUUAACGCAAACGAGGUUCCUGCCCGGAAGAAACCAUGCCCCCGCCGGCUACUGGGGAGACUACAGGAACUGCGAUACGCCGAUUUGGGCCUACGAUGACGUCAUCGACAGAAUUGCUGAAACACACCAGAACGUCGACGUAGUGUAUUACAUCGGGGACAGCAUCGACCACUUCGUCUGGGAGACCACGUACGAGCUGAUAAACGAAAUGAGCAAACACGUGGUCGACAAGAUCAGGAGCAGCUUCGGCGAUAAUGUGCUGGUCGUGCCUACUAUUGGCAACCACGAGUCACAACCGACUAACCAGUUUGCCCCGUCAGGCGUGACAGGCGACAAAAUCAACACGACCUGGCUGUACGAGGCUCUAGCCGACAAGUGGGAGUUCUACUUGCCCGAGGGCGCCAAAGACACGCUGUUAGAACGCGGCGAAUACUCCGUGCUUGUCAGGCCGGGGCUGAGGGCCAUCUCACUCAAUAACAACGUCGCUUAUAAGUAUAAUUGGUGGCUAGUUUAUGAUCCUCUCGAUGCGAAAAAGCACUUGGAUUGGCUGGUGGAUGAGCUUCACAAGGCGGAGCUGGCCGGCGAGAAGGUGCACAUAUUGACGCAUAUUCCGCCCGGCGAGCCAGACCUCACGCACACGUGGACUAGGGAGUACAACAGGAUCGUUAACAGGUUCGCCUCAACAAUAACCGGUGAAUUCAACGGCCACACGCACUCGGACGAGUUCAAGAUAUUCUACAACCCGGAGGGGCAGGCUGUGCGCGUGUCGUGGGGCGCCGGCAGCGCCACCACCUACUCCAAUUAUAAUCUCAAUUAUAAAAUAGCGACGUUCGAUCCUGUCACCUACGAACCAACCAACAUAGUGAACUACGUGUACAACCUAACCGAAGCGAACUUGACGCCAAACCGACGACCUCACUGGUUCCAGCUCUACGACCUCAAGCAACGGUUCCAACUUGCCGACCUAUCACCGGCAUCCAUGGACAACCUCGUUACAAGGAUGGUCACAGACAAUAAACAGCUCCUCGACUUAUACGCGGCCUUCUUUUCUAAACUCAGCGACAAUAGAUGGCCGUUGUGUAAUACGGAUUGCAAAUUGGACUAUCUGUGUAGAACGGUUAUCACAGUUUUGUGGGAAAGGCAGAAAUGCGACGAGUUGCAGGCGCUGUACUACGUUUGACAAAUAAAAACUUACUCUAGGUAGAUCUGCUGUAAAAAAAAAACUAUAGUACUGUAGAACCUUUAUUCCCGUUUUUCAAAUUAAUGUCGGGGGGUUUAUAGAACUCGGUAUCCGCCAGCUUGCCUAAUGUGCAGUUGAACUAAACUUAUCCCAUAAGUUUAAAAAAUGCCCAAAUUAACCCAGGUUUGCUUUACGGGUAUGUUCGCUGCGCUGCCGCUGUUGGAAUACUAAAACGUGAAGUCAACCUCUUGGCUAUGUAUGAUAAGGAAGGAUCCUGACCGAAUUUUUUUCGAGAACGUUUUUUUCUGCUCUAUGUGACACGACUGAGGUUUGAACCCACGAUUUAUGACCACCACACAUAAGAAAGGUGAAAGGUGCUAUUCAUAGCCUCCUAAGGCCAAGCCAUACAAAUAAAAAAUUCAAAAUUUGCCACUGAAAUUUGAACCUAUAGUGUAGGAAAUAAAGUUGAUUUUGCGUUGUUGGAAAAUUGAACGAAACAGCAAAAGCGACUGUUCGAAUGGGGAAGGCGGCUGCCAAACUGUGCUUCUAGGUGGCGCCCCUAGAGUUUGUGACAUGACAUUAGUUUGGCCCCACAUUUUUUCUUUGAACAAAAAAAAAAGAUUAGUUUGGGCUAUGGCGUCGCUUGACAGAAAAUGAACAAAACACUUUUUAUUUGGAUCGUAAAAGGCCCUCCACACUCGUGCGCGAAUCGCGGCGCGGAGCCGGGAACGCGAGUGUGGAGUCUAGUUCGCUAAUC